UUUUUUUCCGUUUACCUACUUUUUACUUUUUCGCCUCGGGUGUUAACAAAUCAUGUCUGGGGGUUUGGAGGUUCUCUCACUUAAUGAGGAUGAUCUUUAUAAAAUGCUGAAGGCUAACAUUCACUUAUGCGACCAGAUUUGUGGUUUCCAGAUGGAGUCUUACGUUUAUAAAAGGAAUCCUUCAGGUUUGCAUAUAAUAAAUUUACAAAAAACUUGGGAGAAAAUUCUUUUUGCCGCUCGCGCAAUUGUGGCCAUCGAUAAUCCCGCUGAUGUGUGCAUAAUUGGAUCAACGAAUAAUUCGCAAAGGGGCCUUCUUAAAUUUGCCUCUCAUACCGGAGCGGCCUCCAUAGCUGGACGUUUUACUCCGGGGACCUUUACUAAUCAAAUUACGUCACAGUUUAAAGAACCGAGAUUAAUAAUUAUAUGCGACACACACACCGAUCGGCAAGCUUUAAUAGAGUCAUCCUAUUCUAAUAUACCUACUAUUGCGCUGUGCAACACAUCCUCUUAUGUAAAGUUUGUUGAUAUAGUCAUACCCUGUAACACCAAGUCGACCCUCUCUGUCGGCCUUAUUCUUUGGCUUUUGGCUCGAGAAGUUUUAAGAUUCCGAGGAAUAAUUCCACGUGAUAUAGAUUGGGAUGUUAUGCCCGAUUUAUACUUUUAUCGCAGCCCUACAGAAAUUGAACGUGAAGAAGUCGGAAAAGAAAUAAAUCAAGAAGCUUCUGCAGGUUUUGUACCGCCGCCCGUUUUGACUGCAGCCGAUACUUCUCAGCUUGGGGAAGACGACUGGGCUAGAAUAGAUAGCCCGUCUGACGUUUUUGCACCAGAGCCAGCGAGUAAAUUAGCGGAAUCGUGGGGGCAGUAGUUACCUCUCUUAGCCUGUUAUA